GCAUUUCUGGAAGUAAACAGUAUCUUUCACGGAGCAGGCUGGACGAUUUUGCACCACUUGCCGCCAUUGUUUUCUUUCCCGUCGCCUGCUCACGCGAUUGCCGUAUAGUUGUAAAGUUUCACUUCGAAUUUAGUUUUUAAUUUAAGUUUUAAUCAUGUCGCUCGUUAUUCCAGACAAAUUCCAGCACAUUCUUCGUGUUAUGUCAACUAACAUCGAAGGUAAAAUCAAGAUCAUGUUUGCCCUAACGGCCAUCAAAGGAGUAGGUCGACGAUUUUCAAAUUUAGUCUUGAAAAAGGCAGAUAUCGAUUUGGACAAAAGGGCUGGAGAGUGCACUGACGAAGAAGUUGAGAAAAUUAUUACCAUCAUGUCUUAUCCCAGAGUGUACAAAAUCCCUGAUUGGUUCCUGAACAGACAAAAGGACGUCACUGACGGAAAAUACUCACAGAUCACUGCAUCCAACCUGGAGUCCAAGCUUCGUGACGAUUUAGAAAGGCUAAAGAAAAUCCGUGUACACAGAGGAAUGAGGCAUCACUGGGGACUCCGUGUUCGUGGUCAACACACCAAGACAACCGGUCGCAGAGGAAGAACUGUGGGUGUAUCUAAAAAGAAGUAAACAUUUUUGUACUUUCAACUUUAUUUUUAUGUUAUUUUAUAAUUAAUAAAAAAAAGUGAAAUUCAA